UUGUUUCUUUUUCACGUCACCCUGUGGAAACUACUGUAGGUAGAGGAAACUUGAGUUUAAUUUUUUGAAGUUAGUGAAUAAGUUCUUUCACUGCUCGCGAAGAGGGGAGGCUAGAUGGCGCACGGUCACGUGGUCUCAUAUAUAUAACAGACAACGCUAAUCACUCAUAGAGGAGUUUGCUCGACGUCGUGUGACUCUUUGACAGCUUGGAAGAAGCUGAGAUAAAAACAAGUCUGCUCCUCGUUUCGAGAACCCCCAGGAGCAAUUCGUAGUGUCUCGUCGUGACGCGCUUGCCGAUUCAAGUGUUCAAAGCAGAGCUACAGGUGUGGACCUAUCGACGUCUGUCGGCAUUCAGUCGCUUCCUUUUGUUACUGGUGCUUCAUCAAAAAAUCCUUUUACGUGCUGGUGUGGAGAUUUAUUGCAACGACAGAGGGCACAGGCCUGUUUAGAGAUGUCGCUAACUGUGAACCUGAUUGGGCCAUCUCCUUGGGGGUUCAGAAUAUCUGGAGGGAGGGAUUUCAAGAAGGCAAUCGCCGUUUCAAAGGUGAAUGGAGGCAGCAAGGCAGAGUCAGCUGGCCUUCGGCUGGGGGAUGUCAUUGCGGAGAUCAAUGGCGAGAGCGCGGCAGAGAUGCUGAACGUUGAGGCGCAGAACAAGAUCAAGAGCUCCAAGACCAAGCUGCAGUUGGUGGUGGACAGGUCAGAACCCCUCUCCCCUGGACAGACAAAUGGGCUCACCUCUCCAGAACACCUAGCCGUCCGAUUCCAGGAGGCCCUGCAGCCAAGCCGAGAUGAAAACUACAACGAUUAUUCGUUCUCUGGCCCACCAUCCCUGUCACCAACUCCUUACUCCGCAGAGAGGAAGAGAGAUGCACACACAACCUUCAGCACCAAGAGCUUCCAGACACACUCGUGGUCUCCAGUGGAAAAGGUUGCUAGUCCCAGGACCUCCUCAAGACCGGUCUCCCAGGAGUUCGUCACCGACGUCCGGAGUAAUUCCUUGUCCCGGACGCCCACCCCUCCAGGCCGCUACUCCCCACAAAGCCCCAGGGAAAGGGAGCCUCCACUUUCCCCCCGCCGCAGCUCGGACGCCGGCAUGCAGCGCUUUGACCGGGAUUCAGAGGUCUACAAGAUGAUCCAGGAGAACAAGGAGUCCCGAUCGGCACCUCGCCAGUCCAGCACCUUCCGGCUGCUGCAGGAGGUCCUGGAGGCGGAUGAGAAAGAGGCCGCUCUGCGUUUCCCGGGAAAGCUGUCUCCGAACGCUCCGAAGCCAAGCUCGUCUGUGGCCGGCGUUCAGAAGUUCCACACCUGUGAGAAGUGUGGCACCAGCAUUGUGACGCAGGCUGUCCGCAUCAUGGAAGACCGGUAUCGGCACCCGGAAUGCUACACCUGCACACAAUGCUGCCUUAACCUGAAGAUGCGCGGGCAUUUUUGGGUGGGCGAUGAGAUGUUUUGUGAGAAGCACGCCAAGGAACGGUACCAAGGGCCUGGCAGUACCCAUGUCCCCAUGGUCUCCCCUCACCACUAGAGAUGACCCCAGCAGGACACUCCUGACAGACUGUGGGCAGUUAGGCUAGGGGGCAUAGGCUUAAUUCCAGAGGAUGUGCCAUUGGUGUAACAUUAUUAGGUAUUUUGUUUUCUGUUUACAGUCAGUCUUACCUGCCUUUUAACUUGUAGGGAGCUGUCAACACAAGUGAGAGUUCUCCAAGAUAGAACAGGCUCAGUCUUCCUCUGUCGAUUCAGCAACCUUGGAACAACUGGUGUCUCAGAAAUACGCCCUCCACUUAAGUCAAUCAUGCAUUCAUGUCCGUUACCCCAUCUGGCCAGGAAUUUUUGUAUUUAUUAUCCGUUAAAUGGAAGGAAUUCCUAAAUGUUCAACUAAACAAGGGCUACAUCAUCUCAUCACUAAGGAUGUCAUGUCAUCUCUGAAUGACAAAUUUCUUCCACUCCCUUUAGAUAAUGAAAUAAUAAUCAAGCACUUUAUGCUGUUUCAUGCACCACUGAAGUGGGUGGCCCUGGGGUGACAACCAACAGUAAUCGACUUGAUUUCAGUAGAUAGGGGUGGAAGUGCUCAGUCGAUUAAAAUUAAGGAACUGAGACUGAUUUUUUGUGAGGCAGCAAGAACAGUAGCAACAAUAAAAUAAUUUGAUAUUCCAAAGAAACAUAUAUGAAUAUAUGUCGAAAAGAGUUUUGAGAAUGCUAAAACCGUAGAGUUGAAUUUGCAGCUCCUUUUAGAAGAAAAUGUUAUUACCGUGAUUUUCAUCCAGGAAAUGCCGGUAGGUACUUAUAUACUUUUCUGGUGAACACAUUAACAUCUUAUUUGGUUUCAGGUAACUUAUGCAAAAUGCAAGUUAACACAAAGGGUCUUGUGAGUUAUGUCCCCAAAAUUAAAUCAUAAGUAAUUUUGUUUUCACAUUUUUCUUAGCACUGCUUUUGUGCAACCUAGAGUUUGAUUCUCUCACAGGGAUGCUUGGUACCAUUUGUUCUGGGGGAGGGGGGUUCUUCCCAUAUGGAGUUGCUUCAUGUAUUAGUCCAGGGGUGGCCAUCUUAGUAGGUCACCUUUCAUUAUUUGUUUAUUAAGUCUUAAAAUGUUACUGCUAGUACAGGAAUGGACAUCGUGGGUCCUGGAUAGUUUAUAUACUGCAGCUAAUUGAGUUCUGGUCAAACCUGCGUCCCCUGUCACUCUUUCAGUCCUAAGAGAUCUUUUCCAAAUCUUUAUGUCCUAAUUGCAACAAAAGUCUCUAAUCGGUUUACCAAAUAGUGUUAGUUUAAAUGAGAGUAUUUUUACCAGGACUUCUAAAUGACUUUAUCUGAAUAAUUUUGUCCACUUUAAACAGGUAUUUUAUGUAAGGUUGAGCUGCAGUAUAUUAAUAAUUCUGGACCACUUAUGGCUGUCCUGUACCAAAAGUAACAUUUUUCUGCAUGUCUCUUUAAUCUGUUUUUUUUUAUUUAUCUAGAAAAUACUGCUCUUUAACAAAUCCUACUCUAGAUGUGAAUGCCAGAGUGACUUGCGAGUGUUUUUCACUGUGGCCUUGGUCAAAGCGUAGGAAGGAAUAAAAAAUUAAUUUAAAGGCUUCACAAAUAUUUACUGUGACAUCAUAUCCAAAUUUGUAACAAACAUCUUUAUCUGCUAGAGAUCUUCAAUGAUGGGGGGAAAAAUACUUCAGUCAAGAAGAAGACUGAAAUAUUGAUGGAAUGAGUACAUGUGUAAUGCUUCAUAAAAUUUCAGAUAUUUAAAUAUGCGCAUUUGUAAAUCUCUUUCCUGUAAAUUUUGUGCACUUUGCGUCAUACGUAACUUUUUAGUUAUCCAUGUUUUCUGCUCUGUGGAGGUAGGAUUGUGCUACAUUUUCACUGUGUAUACACAAUGAAGUGCCGGUCAAGAUUCCAUCCUCUCAUUCAGUUUUUAGAGAUUUUUUAAAAAUCUUUUUUUGAUGGAAUAAUGAGUUACCAUUGAAAAUAACAGUCCAAGUAGCAGGACAGUAAAAUAGCAGGGUGUAUAAAUAUUGGAAGGUGAACUAUGCUGAUAUAAUCUGAUUCUUUAAGAAAGCAAUAGAAACUAAGAUUUUUCUAUGCAAAAAAAGUCUAUUUAAAAUACAACUUUCAACUUGUUUGAAGGAUAUUUUGCCAGAUUUCUUUUCUAUGCCUUUUAAAUAUAUAUAUAUUUGUAAGACAAGGGAAUAUAUCAAAUACUUUUGCAAAUUGUUACAUGUAUAUAUUUAUAUUUUCUUCAGGACUUCAAAACAUGUAUUUAAAAGAAAAAAGUUACGCGACAGAAUUUUCGAGCGUCUGUGCCUUUUCUUUGUUGUAAAAUUAAAUUGUUUUCAUGAUCGAGGUCUCUUUUUUUCCCCCACUAAGCUGGUUGGCUUCAUUAUAAGAAGGCUUUUUUUGUAAAAUCGUUUUUUUUUUUCUACAAAGUUCCACUGUACACAAAUAUAGAAUACAUCUGGGAUAAAUUGUGCUUUGAAAAGGAGUUGUUUCAUGAACGGGUUAUCCCUUUAGUACGUGGCUAUUUUUUUUCCUGUAGAUGCUACCUUUUGAAAAUGUGACUGUUCUGUUGCAUAACUUUUUAACAUCCCUCUUGUUUAUAAUUCACACUGCAUGGCUGCUUCAUCUAUUAAGCCCCCUCAGCCUUCUUGAUAUGGUUUAUGAUGGGUGUGGGCAGUUUUGUCAGCUUGCUAUGGUGCUUUGUGAUAAUAUCAAAGCAAAAGGCAGUGACGACAGUGAGAAUAAUUGGAUAAUGAUUUAAACAUGUCGGAGCAGGGGAAAGAAUGCUGAAUUGCUGUAAUAAAGAAAAUAAAGAAAAGCACAUCUGCAUAAAGUGCAUGGGGAAAUUGCACUCUGAGUGCAAAAUUACUAAAGUAUUCUUCUAGAUUAUAUGCAAGACUAAUUGUUUUCUGUGUUAAUGUUUGGUAAUUUGCAGUCAUUGAGUCUCAUCUAUAUCCAAAAUAAGUGAAAAAUAUUCAUUUUGCUCCUGGCUUUCGGAUGAUUUAUUGUUUAAUUUACUUUAUUACGUGUUGUAAUAACAUGGUACUCAUGAUCGUGAUUUGCUGCCAGCAUCUCGAGCCUUUUCCUAAAAAUACUCAUCGGGAUGUCACAUUUAACCACUGGAGAAAAUAAAAGCACAACUCAUAAAUCUACUCUCUCAUGACAUUGCAGGACUGAAAUACAGGUUAAACAGGCUCUGGGACUUAUGAUCAGCUUUACCUGUGAACCCGACUUGAGGAAUUCAUGAGUCAAAACAGUGCCUGCAAUGUUGCAUAAAAAGCAGCUCAGAAUUUUUUUUUUCCAGUAUGAGUUGUUAUGCUUUUAUCUGAGAAAUUGACUCAUGCCAAGUUUUAAGGGUUGUCAAAUUAAAAGUAAACCAAAGUCAAAGCAUCCUAUUUACACUAUGUAUGAGGGCACAUGUUCAAACAUGAACACAACAGCAGAAGAGAGUAUGAAGGAUUGCAGAUGACAGGUUUCCUUCUGUGUUCAUUUGGUUGCUGAUAGCUUCUUGAUAUAAGGAUCUCAUCCAAAUGCUUUUUGAAGGAUCCCAGCGACUUAUUUUCAACAAUGUGGCUGGGCUGUUUGUUCCAGCCACAAACUUCCCCAUCAACAUGACUGGUACUGGUUAUCACGCGAGGCAUGAACUGCAAGUGAUUCAUAUAUUCUCUUGACCAUUCUUUAAGCCAGGGCUGUUGAACUUAGUUACCAGGAGGCUGCAGCGAUUUUUUUUUUUUUUUUUUUUUUGCUUCUUCUUAUCUCCAUGAACAUAAUUUGCUGCAUUACUGGACCUGCACAUUGAGUGACCUCAAGUUCUUUUAAAAAGUUGCAUUAAGAAUUGCUCCCGAUUCAUAGUACAAUGGCUAAAAAGUUUUUACUUUCCUGGAAAGACCUUUUAAUGGAUGUUUUGCUGUUCAAUCAAAUACUUCUUCCGCCAGUUAUUGAAUUGAGAGCUUUGGCAUCACAAACUAGACUUCAUUGACUGCAUGGACACCUCUCUCACAAAAUAUAGAUCCUUAGUGAUUCACAGCUAUUGAGCACCACUGCUAUAGGGAUCACAAACCCUGUCCUACAGUACAGUGCAUGUCCACAUCUGAGUGGCAGAGUGUUCUUCGUGAAGUGACUAGAUUACCGGAGUCUACUGAGUGUUGCACUGUGGCGAUGUCUGCUGCCCAUAACCUCUAGGAAAAAAGAAACCGGUAAUAUUUUGUGUGUUCAUUUAAAUUUUCUUUUGUAUGUGAUGCAUUCAUACAUGUACUGACGUUCCUUGUAAGCUGUAUUAUGUGUAGGCUGUGUUUUCUAGUGCAUGCUUCUUAUUUCAUUUCUCAGUCCAAGUUGAUUUUGUGUAAAAAGAUAGAAAGUAACAGGAGCCUGAAGUUGAGAGAGGGAAAGGUUUUAAGGUGCUUUGUCUUCAAUAGUCCAUGCUACCAUGAUCUCUCUGGCACAGUAUUGCACAGGUCUGUGUAUUAAGGGCUGUGUUCAUUGCUUCUAAUGUAUCUCCUGCUAGAAAAAUAAUGUACGUCCAUGUUGGAAAUGAGAUUAAAAGGGCUUUGUACUGUG